GAGUGAUUGACUUGCAUAAAUUAAUAGAGAUAUUUUGUUAAUAGAUCAUCUUGCUACCUUACUAUAAUAUGGUCACAAACAUAAGAAAAGAAGAAGAAAAAGAAAAAGAAAAAGAAGAAUCCAUUAUACAUACAUAGUUGUUAGCAAUUAAUUAGAAAAGAAUUAUGGCUGAGAUAUCAUCGGCUGCAAAUGGCAACGGCGGAGUGGCGGCGGUGGACAUUAUAGAUUCCAAUCAAGAUUCCGAUGAUCACUGUUCAAGAUGCUGCUCCCUCACUGUCUCUUUUAUACAAAAGUUGAUAGCGGAGUUGUUGGGCACUUACUUCAUGAUAUUAGCCGGUUGCGGGUCCGUGGCCGUGAACCUCGAUAAAGACAGCGUGGUUACGCUCCCCGGAAUAGCCAUGGUGUGGGGCCUUGUCGUCAUGGUCAUGAUUUAUUCCGUUGGCCACAUCUCCGGCGCCCACUUCAACCCCGCCGUCUCCAUUGCCUUCGCCUCCACCAACAGGUUCCCCUGGAGACAGAUUGGAGAGCUUGCUGGGAUAACCAUUGGAUCCACCAUAUCGAUAAAUGUCUUGUUUGCUGGGCCCAUCUCGGGGGCAUCAUUGAACCCAGCAAGGAGUUUAGGGCCAGCUAUAGUAUCAAACAACUACAAAGGGAUAUGGAUCUACCUAUUGGGCCCAACAGGUGGGGCGAUUGCUGGUGCAUGGGCCUAUAAUCUCAUUAGGUAUACUAAUAAACCUCUUUGUGAAAUCACUAAGGUGUUUUUGGGGAGAAUGGAAUGGAAUGAUGGAAUGCAUUACACAAGACUCGCUAAUAACUAGUGGAUGUUUCUGCUAUUAAAUGUCUUAACUCAGUGAUUUCUAUUUUCAUUCUAUUCAUAUGCUUAGUACAAUGGAAUGAAUAAGGGAAUUGAAUGAAAUUGCAAAGCAGAUUCAAAGAAAAUAUCAUUUUAUA